UUGUUUAACCAAGAAUCAAAUUAUAUUCUCAUGAAUAAUUUGUCUUUCGUUGAAGUUUAUUGAGCACGAACAUAGACACCAACACGUAAACAUUGAUGAAAUUUUGAAAAAAAAAACAUUUUAUUGUAAUUACAAAUGUGGAUGUCGUGUCGAUGUUAGACACCACCGAAGUUAAAGUUUAUUAAGCACUUGAACACAAUUUGUUAUUUCAAUAUAAAAUAUGUUAUUAUUUUCUAGACAAAUUAAAAUUUCCUAGUUAGGUUAUGUUUAAAAAGAAAUUCCAAAUUCAAGAAGGUUGCCCAAAAAAAAAGCUCCUCAAAAAAGUUGCAUGCAUGGCUAUAUAUUAAUGUUCUGCCGGAUCUAAAAAUAGAUCUUCCAUACUCUAUUUUUUCCUCGUCAUUUCCGCAUCUAAUUUGACAAAUGAUAAGCAUAAGCCACAUGCAAUUUCAUACGUGAGAAUCAAACACUACAUGUUGGUGACAUUGCAUGGGAAGUACGUAAAACUAUAAUUAUCUGCUAGAAAGAAGAAGACGAAAGAAGAGAAAAAUCAUGGAAAAUAUGGUAGAAAGCAGAGAAUGGUACUUAGCUGAAUAUUGUCCUGAAGGUGUUCCGACCUCAGAUCAUCUUAAACUCCGGACUGUUUCUCGUUCUCUUGCCGACGAUUCAAUCCCUGAUAACCAUCUAGCCGUCGAAACUCUCCUUCUCUCCGUUGAUCCUUAUCUUCGCAGAACAAUCACCGGCACCAUCGAUGGCCUUUAUAUGCCACAACAUGAGAUUAAUCAGGUGCUUAAAAGAGUAUUUGCAAUUGUAAGAGUAAUUCGAUCAAAGGAUAGUAAAUACACUGAAGGAGAUAUCCUUUUGAAUGGGAAUGGUUACGUUGCUGAGUAUAGUAUUGUACCCUCUUCUGACAUAAUGAGGAAAAUUGAUCCUGCUAAUGGGAUUUCACUGUCAGAUUAUCUUGGUACUUUAGGAGUAGCGGGGUUUGCAGCAUGGUUGGGAAUAGAGGUAAUAGGAGAUCCAAAACCAGGAUCACAUGUAUUCAUAUCUGCUGCAUCUGGUGCUGUAGGUAUGAGUGCUGGCCAGCUUGCUAAGAUCCGAGGAUGUCGGGUCAUCGGAAGCACGGGCUCCGAUGAUAAGGUCAACCUCAUUAAAGAGGAAUUUGGAUAUGACGACGGUUUCAACUAUAAUGCGGAAUCAGAUUUUGACGCCGCUUUAAGCAAGUAUUUUCCUGAUGGUAUUGAUGUUUACCUUGACAAUGUUGGUGGUAAAAUGCUUGAAGCUGUACUUAACCAUGUCAACAAGUAUGCUAGAAUACCUCUUUGUGGAAUGAUAUCUCAAUAUAAUCAGGUUUGGACAGAAAGAGAAGGCAUUAGGAAUCUUCUGAAUAUGGUGGGAAAGGAAGUAAGGAUGGAGGGUUUUAUGCUAGAUUCAUAUUGGGAUCGUUUUGGAGAUUUUGCCAAAGAUAUGGAAAUAUACUUACAAGAAGGCAAGAUUAAGUCAAAGAAUAAAAUAAAUAUCGGAAUUGAUUGCUUUUUGGAGAGCUUGAAUUCCUUAUUCUCUAGCUCCAACAUUGGAAAAGUUGUUGUUCAAGUUAAGGCCUAGUGUCCAAAUACUGUAUAUAUGCUUGAUCAUUUUGUUUGUAUUAUUUUCUCUCAAGACUAGAGAUGUUACAAUUUUCAUUUGAAUGUAAUAUUCAACAUUAUUAUGGGUUUA